AGAACGCCAAUCUUGUUUCCAAACCCGUUUGAGUAUGGGCUGCGAGAUGGCUGCUAAAAUAAUUUAUGUGUCCAGCGUAAUCUACCUUUGUAUAAGCACAUGUUAUGCUGCCACCUCGGAGACUCCAAUAGAAGUAGACAUAACUACAGUAGUAGAAGGUAAAUUGGACAACAGAAUUGAGUCACGACGUCCUUUUGAAAGUAUGCUUAAAUCCACUGAUAAAUCUCAGCAAACAUUCUGUCCCGAAGUGUGUCAAAGCAGUUAUUGUAAGAACUUAGUUGGAGUGAGUAAAGACAAAUCCUGUCCAAUCAAAAAGCUGCCAGAUAGGGGAGAGCGAAUUCCCAAAAAUUGUAAGGAAAUUUUUGAAAAAGGAAAUAUUAUCUCAGGGAUAUAUGAAAUAUUACCUCACAACAAAUCCAAACCCACUAUGGUCCUGUGUGAUAUGGAGUUGCAAGGUGGUGGUUGGACCCACAUUCAAAACAGAUUUGAUGGAUCUGAAGAUUUCUACCGAAAUUGGCGCGAUUACAAAUUUGGAUUUGGAAACUUGGAAGGUGAAUUUUGGAUUGGACUCGAAACGAUAUAUUAUCUUACAGCGUUUGAAGACAUGGAGCUUUUGGUAGAAUUAACAGACAAAAAUGAUGUGAAGUAUUAUGCAAACUAUGGACGAUUUUCCAUUGGACCAGAACUGGAAGGUUAUAUCUUAAAAGCUGCCUCACCUUAUAGCGGAACUGCCGGAGAUAAUAUGGACUAUCAUCUGGGGCAAAAGUUUACCACCAAGGAUCUAGAUCAGGAUAAAUGGCCCCAGGAUAAUUGUGCAAACUUUUCAAUGGGGGGUUGGUGGUACAACAACUGCUACGCUAGCAAUCCUAAUGGACAACACCGAAAUAUGAAACACGUCGAAGAAUUAAAGCGUAAAGGUAUGAACUGGGACAAAAUUUCAUCUCCAGAUGGAUACUUUUUAUAUGGAACCCGAAUGUUAGUUAGACCAAAACAUUAGAAUUUUGUAGUUUUCUAGGCAGCAAUGGACUGAAAUAAAUUGUGUUAAGAAUAUAACGCACAUAAUGUUAAGUUAAUGUAGAAUGAAAACCUUUGUUGUAAUAAAUUUAAAAAUUAUUUGGCAAUUGGUAAUGUAGAAUGAAAACUUGUGUUGUAGUAAAUUUAAAAAUUAUUUGGCAAUUGUUAAUGUAGAAUGAAAACCUGUGUUUUAAUAAAUUUAAAAAUUAUUUGGU